CAUGCGUGUUGAUAGAUGUCGCAUGCCAGAUCCGAAUCUGACGAAGCGCCGUGGGCAUCUGACGCUGCAUCCAGGCGGCCCGCGGGCGACAAUCCCAAAGACCCAAACCCAGAGCUACGCCGCCGCCCCGCUGAGUCGCUGACCCGCCUCGCCGCUGUCGCCAGCCUCGUGGACUGCUCUCCGCCGCCGCAGCGAGCAGCCAUGGCUACCACCGCUCGCUCUCUCCACCUCCCGACACCUCCUAAACCCGCUAUCCCCUCCCACCACCGCCUCCCUGUCCCCUUCCACUUCCGGCCCCGCCCCCAGCGCCUCGGCCGCCGCCUGGCCGCCUCGUCCUCCGACCUCACCUCGUUCCCCGACCCGGCCCCGACCCCGAACGGCGUCUACGUCCCGUGGGCGGCGGCCCACCCCGCGGCGGCCGCGGCCAUCGACGUGGACGCCGCCACGGAGGCGGAGCUGCGGGAGAAUGGGUUCCGGAGUACGCGCCGCACCAAGCUGGUCUGCACCAUUGGGCCCGCCACCUGCGGCGCCGCCGAGCUCGAGGCGCUCGCCGUCGUCGGCAUGAACGUCGCGCGGGUCAACAUGUGCCACGGCGACCGCGAGUGGCACCGCGGGGUCAUCCGCGCCGUGCGAAGGCUCAACGACGAGAAGGGGUUCGCCGUCGCCGUCAUGAUGGACACCGAGGGGUGCGAGAUCCACAUGGGCGACCUCGGCGGCGCGCCCUCCGCAAAGGCCGAGGAUGGACAAGUUUGGACAUUCAGCGUUAGAUCUUCUGACACAUCACUACCAGAUCGUAUCAUUCAUGUGAAUUACGAUGGAUUUGCUGAAGAUGUUAAAACUGGCGAUGAACUAUUUGUGGACGGUGGAAUGGCCAGGUUUGAGGUGAUUGAAAAGCUAGGGCCAGAUGUGAAGUGUCGUUGCACUGAUCCUGGUUUGGUGCUGCCACGAGCUAAUCUUACUAUAUGGCGUGAUGGCAGUGUAGUGCGAGAGAGGAAUGCUAUGCUACCUACAAUUUCAUCAAAGGACUGGAUUGACAUUGAUUUUGGAAUUGCUGAAGGUGUAGAUUUCAUCGCUGUAUCAUUUGUCAAGUCUGCAGAAGUAAUUAAACAUCUGAAGAGCUACAUUACUGCACGGAGCCGUGGAAGUGACAUAGGGGUCAUUGCAAAGAUUGAGAGCAUUGAUGCUUUGAAGAACUUGGAAGAGAUUAUCCGUGCAUCAGAUGGAGUAAUGGUAGCCCGAGGGGACUUGGGGGCACAGAUCCCCCUGGAACAGGUCCCUUCUGUACAGCAGAAAGUAGUUAGAACGUGCAGACAGCUCAACAAGCCAGUCAUUGUUGCUUCUCAGCUUCUGGAAUCAAUGAUUGAGUAUCCUACACCCACUAGGGCUGAGGUUGCUGAUGUUUCUGAAGCAGUCCGCCAGCGUGCAGAUGCUCUCAUGCUUUCUGGUGAGUCGGCCAUGGGAAGGUAUCCAGAGAAGGCUCUCAGUGUCCUUAGGAGUGUUAGUCUGAGGAUUGAAAAGUGGUGGAGAGAAGAGAAACGCCAUGAGGCAUUGGAGCUUGAAGAUGUCUCGUCUUCCUUCUCUGAUAAGAUAUCAGAGGAAAUAUGCAAUUCGGCAGCGAAAAUGGCCAACAACUUGGGAGUCGAUGCUGUUUUCGUCUACACAAAGGAUGGCCACAUGGCCUCCCUGCUCUCACGAUGCCGCCCCGACUGCCCAAUCUUCGCAUUCACGUCCUCGACUUCUGUCAGGAGACGGCUGAACCUACAGUGGGGUCUCAUCCCGUUCCGGCUCAGUGACUCUGAUGACAUGGAGAGCAACCUCAACCGCACCUUCUCCCUGCUCAAGGCCAGGGGUAUGGUGCAGUCUGGUGACCUGGUGAUUGCGCUUUCCGACAUGCUGCAGUCCAUCCAAGUGAUGAAUGUACCCUAGGAAUUGUAUCCCCGUGUCCUGUCAUUUCCUGUACAAUCAUUAUCCCGACCAAUUUUGAAACUGAGCUGUACUGUAGCAUGGAAGGACACUUUUCUUUUGUGGCUUUGUGCGACUUGAGAGCUUGUUAUAUUGUGUCGAUGUUCAAUGGUGCACACUUGAAUAUACUGCAUUCGCUUGCUACCAAUAAGUUGAAGUUUGUGAGUCUAACAA